GCUCGCCUCUCCGCAGCACUGUCCAAUCAUAGGUGCGUUCCUGGGAGUUCCCGGAGUGCCUUGCGGUUGCGAUGGCUGCCCCCGGCAGGCGAGGUGCUGAGCUCCUUCGAACAGUGUUAGGGGUUUGGCCGCCGGGUCCCGACGCCGCGAGGGAAUGGGUGACCCGGCUCCCCUUGCUCUUGGGCAGUCAGCAGAGGUGCGUCUCCUGUGUCUCGGGCCCGGCCUUUUCUGGUCCCCGCCUGGCCUCGGCUUCUCGCCCUAAUGGCCAGAGCUCAGCCCUGGACUGCUUCCUCGGACUCUCUCAGCCAGACAGCUCGUUGAAUUUUCGCGUCCCCGCCGUGUCCAUGCACAGAGAUGAGCAGGAUCUCCUUUUGGUCCAUCGCCCCGACAUGCCUGAGAACCCCCGAGUCCUACGAGCGGUCCUCCUGGGUGCCCCGAAUGCAGGAAAGUCAACCCUCUCCAACCAGCUGCUGGGCCGAAAAGUGUUCCCUGUCUCCCAGAAGGUGCACACCACUCGCAGCCAAGCUCUGGGGGUCAUCACAGAGAAAGAGACCCAGGUGAUUCUACUUGACACACCUGGCCUCAUCAGCCCUGCUAAACAGAAAAGGCACCAUCUGGAGCUCUCUUUGUUGGAAGAUCCAUGGAAGAGCAUGGAAUCUGCUGAUCUGGUUGUGGUUCUCGUGGAUGUCUCGGACAAGUGGACUCGGAACCAGCUCAGUCCCCAGGUGCUCCAGUGCUUGACCCAGUUCUCCCAAGUCCCCAGCAUCCUUGUCAUGAACAAGGUUGAUUGCCUGAAGCAGAAGUCAGUUCUCCUGGAGCUUACAGCAGCCCUCACUGAAGGUGUGGUCAAUGGCAAGAAGCUCAAAAUGAGGCAGGCUGUCCGCUCGCAGCCGGGCAACCAUUGCUCCAGCCCAGCAGCUAAGGGCCCAAACACACUGUCUGUGGGAGACCCUCAGCGCAUUGGCUGGCCCCACUUCCAGGAGAUCUUCAUGUUGUCAGCCCUAAGCCAGGAGGAUGUGAAAACACUAAAGCAAUACCUCCUGGCACAGGCCCGGCCAGGGCCCUGGGAGUUCCACAGUGGAGUCCUCACCAGCCAGACGCCUGAGGAGAUCUGCGCCAACAUGAUCCGAGAGAAGCUCCUGGAGUACCUGCCCCAGGAGGUGCCCUACAACGUGCAGCAGAAGACAGUAAUGUGGGAGGAAGGGCCAGACGGGAAGCUGAUGAUUGAGCAGAAGCUUCUGGUGCCCAAAGAAUCUCACAUGAGGAUCCUGAUCGGUCCGAAAGGGCACCUGAUCUCCCAGGUGGCACAGGAGGUGGGCCGCGACCUCAUGAACAUCUUCCUCUGUGAAGUUCAGCUCCGCCUGUCUGUGAAACUCCUCAAGUGACCACCCUCUGAUAGCUUUCCCAAGGCAUCCCUGCCCAGGCUGCUGGCGGGAGCCACUGACCAGAGCUGCCCUUACCUGGGGCCUGCAGGGCCUGGAGCCGGGCCUGGACAGUGACUGGGUGGCUGGCCGAGCAUGCACAGCCCCUGCCCGGCCAUGCCUCCUGCUGGAGGAAGGAAUCUGCCUUAGCCUAGUUCCCACGUGGUUCCUCUGCCUGGGCCUGUAGCUACUUAGGUCUUAGAAGCUGGCCCUUUGGUGUGGGAGCACUUCUGCCACCUGGCAUUGGGCCGAGUUUCUUCCUGAGUUGUUAGCAGGGAGAUCUUUCCCCUCCCCUCAGUUCGUACACCUUGCAGCUGUGUAAGGACCCACGUGUCCUGAGUGAGAUAGUGCCUCCCACCUGCUCCUCAAGUCCUUGAUCCCUCUCUCCAAUCUCGGAUGCUAAUAAAGUUGAAAGACAAGCAGCA